GGGGUGUAAAUCUCAAAGUUCAAAUUGUCACUAGCCUCUAGCCUCAGUAUUGCGGAGAUCGCCGAAGCGGGACUACCCGACAGAGUACCUAGCACAUUUCUAUACAGCUGAAAUAAUACCCUUCAAGUUGAGAAUGGAUUUAUAUAUCACGAUGGUUAUUUGAUUAAAGGGAAAGGCAUUCUUCUUUUGAUACACAUUACAACCCAGUCAAGCAGCAUCUACCCAACUACUACUGGCAGUCCCCCAAUAAUGACCUCACCAACCUACGAUUCAGACCCGCUACCUCUUUUGAAAGCGCUCCUCAAUACCAUCGAGGAGAGCGUUAUCCCCCUGACUUCCAAGGGGGUAUCGUCAGGCAACAAACUCUUCGGCGCUGCUAUUCUCUCUAAAGCGGGACUAGUACCACAAACAGUCUCGACGAACAACGAGACGGCCUCGCCUCUCCUCCACGGCGAGAUCAACUGCAUCCAGCAAUUCUUCGCGCAGACGUCUUUCCCAGACCCUCUAGACGCAGGAAAGCCGCCGUCGCAGCAGCGCCCGAGCCCGCGCGACUGCGUGUUCCUCGCGACGCACGAACCGUGCAGCCUAUGUCUCUCGGGGAUAACAUGGAGCGGGUUCGACAACUUCUUCUACCUGUUCACGUACGAGGACAGCCGGGACCUGUUCUCCAUCCCGUACGACAUCGACAUCUUGCAGGAGGUAUUCCGCGUCCCUGCCGUCGGCAAGCAGGGCGGGGUAGACGAAGACCUGAACGCGAGGCCGUUGUAUAACCGGCGGAACAAGUUCUUCACGGCGCGGAGCUUUGAGGAUUUGGCUCGUGAGAUUGGAGAGAAGUAUGGAGGGGAGGAAGGGCGGAGGUGGGGAGAUGAGAUUGCGCGGGUCAAGGCGAGGUACGGUGGGUUGAGCGAUACGUAUCAGAAAUCUAAGACGGACGCCGCGGUGGAGAGCGCGAGCUUCUGGAAAUGAAAAGUGUACUGAAAUACAAGAUAGAUACCUACCUCAAUAGAAGGAGAUCUCAUUUGAUCAACUCCAUGCUGCCCUGUCCUGGAGAUGACCUCCCCCAGGCAGGGGGUUUAUUUAUUUGAAUACUCUAUUACGGUUUCGUUUCAAUGCUUUCCCAGUGUAAUUUGGUAUAUAGAGCAAGCUUCAAUACCGAAUAUAUGAAGAUUGACGAUUUCGCUUUUAAUUUAUGCUCUAAUUUAAUCGUAAAAUGCUCGCAGAAUAAGCCAUGGACCGAUCCUGAUCCUAAUUUCUCCAAGCCGUCAACAAAGCGGAGCGAGUAGCGCUUGAGUAAUUCUAUGAUGUCUGAACUCCAUCACCCUGAAUCCCCUAUCUCGUAGACGUAAUUUACUCGAGGAGUCUUAAGUACCGGUUCCUGACAGCGACCACUCCGAAGCAGUUAUCCUGGCGUGGCUCAUCCGUGCGACGCUGAGAUUUAGGUGUCUCUUUGUUGUCGUAGGCAAUAGCGCAUCGAUCUGGUCCGUUGCAGAUAGGUGCUAUCUGAGGAGUUAGUACCAGUGAUCAUCAUUCGUGGCAGAUAAUACCAAUGAGCUCAAGAGUU